GUUUCCCACUCUGUUCGGUCAGUAUUGUCAGUGCGACCAAGAGCUGACAACCAGCAAGUAUUCUCUUCAGUAAAUUUAAAUAUAUCUUUGAUGAACAGAAAACGAAUUUAAUCGUGCGUCGGAACUAUCAUUCUGCCAUUUACAAAGACCAAAUAAUAGUUUCAAAACCAGUUUAAUUAUCGCUAUGUAGGUGUCUCGGUUGGAGUACUAGGAACGGGAGCACGUUGAUCUGUGAUCCAAGAUGAGUGGGACCAACGCGGCUUCUGGAGCGGCGCCUUGCCGCUUUGCUCACUACUUUGUGAUAUGCGGAAUAGACACCGAAACUGGGCUGGAACCGGACGAAUUAGCCGCUUUGUACCAAUGGCUAGAGGCUGACCGCCAAGGCAAGGACCCCGAUACAGCAGCCACAGGGGAGAACUUUGAGCAGAGCCCCCUGAAGAGGACGUUCAAGUCUAAAGUCCUGGCCCACUACCCUGAGAACGUGGAGUGGAACCCCUUCGACCAGGAUGCUGUCAACAUGCUCUGUAUGCCCAAAGGCCUGUCGUUCAGGACACAGGCAGACAGCCGCGAGCCCCAGUUCCACUCCUUCCUGAUCACACGGGAGGACGGCUCUCGCACCUACGGCUUCGUCCACACCUUCUACGAGGAGGUGACGUCGCCUCAGAUCUGCUCGGCCAUGCAGACCCUCUACCAGAUGCACCAGGCWGAGAACCCUUCCUCCGCCWCCCCCUCYUCCUCYUCYUCCUCCAGUAUGGACUCUCUGGCUAGCAGYCUCGACGAAGCAGAUUCUCCRUCKUCAUCCUCGUGCCGGUCGGCGGCGUGCGGCGGCUACGACGCGUCGCGGGACACCCUCUACGUCUCCAAGGCGUUGUGUCUGAUCACGCCCAUGCCCUUCAUGCACGSCUGCCGCCGUUUCCUGUCCCAGRUGCACCGGGCCGUCACRGCCGCCUCGCCCCCGCCCCUCCCYCURGARAGCUACGUGCACAACAUCCUGUACGAGGUGCCCCUGCCCCCUCCGGGGCGCUCGCUGAAGUUCCACGGGGUGUACGAGCCCAUCGUGUGUCAGCGUCCUGGGCCUGGGGAGCUGCCUCUGGCUGACUUCCCUCUGGGCCAGACCUUCACUCUGCUGGGGGUAGAGAACCUGGUGCAGCUGUUCAACUGUACCCUGCUGGAGAUGCAGAUCCUGCUCUACUCACAGGACUACCAGCGGUUGAUGACAGUUGCGGAGGGCAUCACCACCCUGCUCUUCCCGUUCCAGUGGCAGCAUGUCUACGUGCCCAUCCUACCCGCCUCACUGCUGCACUUCCUGGAUGCCCCUGUGCCCUACCUCAUGGGCCUGCAGUCCAAGGAGGGCACCGACCGCUCCAAACUAGAGCUGCCACAGGAGGCUAACCUGUGCUUUGUGGACAUUGACAACCACUGUAUCGAGCUGCCUGAAGACUUCCCCCAGUUCCCUAACAAACCAGAGUUAAUCCAGGAGCUCAGCGAAGUCCUCCUCCGCUACGGCAUAUCCCCAGUGGGGGGCGCUCCUCCAACCUCUGUCCCCACCUCCACCACCACCCCUGGGUCCGUCUCUACCCGUCACCCUGGUCUGAAGAGCCAACAGGCCCUGAGGGAGCUAGAGGACGAUGGGAGGAAUGGGAACCUAGGAGGGGAGCAGUUAGCUGUGUUGGAGCUUCUCCAAGGGAACGCUACUCUGGAAAGACUCCAUGCUCUGGCUAAGAGAACAGGGGUCCGUGUGGAAGCCCUGAGGGGGGUAGGGGGUGAGGGAGAGGCCCAGGGGGGGAGAACGGCAGUCGAGGAGGAGGAGCUGAGGAACGCUAAGCUGAAUGUACAGCUGAGGGAGGUGUUCGCUAGCAGGUUUACCAUGAUGUUCGCGGACUAUGAGGCCUUCGUCAUCCAUAGCGCUCCGGACCUGGAGUCCUGGCUCACCAACCGAGAGCAGAUGCACAACUUUGAUAAGGCAUCCUUCCUGUCUGACCAGCCGGAGCCCUACCUGCCCUUCCUGUCCCACUUCAUCGAGACCCAGAUGUUCGCCACCUUCAUCGACAACAAGAUCAUGUCCCAAUGGGAGGAGAAGGAGCCGCUGCUCCGCGUGUUCGACGGACGCAUCGAUAAAGCUCGUCUAUACAAUGUUMGAGCCCCAAGUCUGCGGUCCUCCAACUACCAGAGGUGCACCAUCCUCAAGGAGUCAGCCCAGGCCAUCGAACAGCGGCUGCUGAAGAUCGACCACACAGCCAUCCACCCCCACCUGUUGGAUAUGAAGAUUGGACAGGGCAAAUAUGAACAAGGCUUCUUCCCCAAGCUGCAGUCUGAUGUGCUCUCAGUCGGACCCACCAAUAACAAGUGGUCCAAUCGUACCGCUACGGCUCAGCGCAGGAAAGACCGUCACAGACAACAAACAGAACACUUGACUCUAGAUAACGACCUCAAAGAGAAGUACAUGCAAGAGGCUCGGAGCCUGGGGAAGAACCUCCGUCAGCCCAAGCUGUCUGACCUCUCACCUGCCGUCAUCGCUCAGACCAACUGGAAGUUUGUAGAGGGACUACUCAAGGAGUGUCGCAUGAAGACUAAGCGUAUGUUGGUGGAGAAGAUGGGCAGGGAGGCGGUGGAGCUGGGUCAUGGGGAGGCCAACAUCACAGGUUUGGAGGAGAACACUCUCAUCGCCUCCCUCUGUGACCUGCUGGAGAGGAUCUGGAGCCAUGGCCUGCAGGUCAAACAGGUCUGGAAGUCAGCUCUGUGGUCCCACUGCUGACUACCAGGCAGAGAGAAACUGGAGCAGCAGCAGGCAGAGUCACCAGUGUCAAGCGGUCCAGAGAGACGAAAGUCUGAGUCGUCAAUAGGGAUGCCAUCGCUGCGAGCGUCCGUYAUACAGGAUAUGAGGCACAUCCAGAGUAUGGGGGAGAUAAAGACGGAUGUGGGCAGAGCGAGGGCCUGGAUCCGUCUUUCUCUGGAGAAGAAGCUGCUCUCACAACACCUCAAACGGUUGCUGUCCCGCCAAGCCUUAACCAAGAAGCUGUAUAAGCGCUACGCCUUCCUGCGCUGUGAGGAGGAGAAGGAGCAGUUCCUGUUUCACCUGCUCUCYCUCAACACUGUCGACUACUUUUGUUUCACCAGUGUCUUCACCACYAUCAUGAUCCCGUACCGCGCUGUCAUCAUCCCAAUCAAGAAGCUGAGCAACGCCAUGACGACCUCCAACCCGUGGGUGUGUGUGUCGGGUGAGCUGGGCGACUCGGGCGUCAGGCAGAUCACCAAGAACGUCCUGGAGAUGACCUUCGAUUGUCAAAACCUGGGUAAGCUGACUACAGUCCAGUUGGGUCAUGAUAACUCUGGGCUGCUGGCUAAAUGGUUGGUGGACUGUGUCAUGGUCCGCAACGAGAUCACAGGACACACCUACAAGUUCCCGUGUGGGCGGUGGCUUGGYAAAGGCGUGGACGACGGCAGUCUGGAGCGYGUUYUGAUUGGUGAGCUGGCGUUGCCCAACGCMGAUGAGGAUUCUGGGARAGGGUGUCGCACGCCCGACAUGCAGCAUUCGCCGGGUCAGACCAGGCGGGUCAGCAUCACCUCGAUGGGAGGACGCGGAUACAAGCCCACCUCAGCUCAAAUCCAGGAGGCCAUCGGCGAGGCAGUGAACAGCAUCUGCAAACACUUCCACAAGCCUGAGAAAGAGAGGGGCAGUCUGACCAUCCUGCUGUGUGGUGAGGUUGGUCUGGUCGGGGCUCUGGAGCAGUUCUUCCACAACGGCUUCAAGUCCGCCCGCCUCUUCCAGAAGACUGUCUUUGUCUGGGACUUUGUGGAGAAGGCGGUGGCUUACAUGGAGUCAGCAGACCAGAUGGGGGACAUGCAGGAGACUGCGCCCCUGGGCCUGACCUGUGUCUCUCUCUGUCACUAUGUCAGUGCCAUCAACUCCUCGCCCAGGAACAUUGGCAAGGACGGCAAGUUCCAGCUGCUUGUCUGCCUGGGGGCCAGAGAUCGUCUGCUGAUUCAGUGGCUCCCUCUGUUGGUGGAGUGUCCAGUGAUCCAGCGGAUGUAYGAGGAGUCUGCUCUGCUGCGGGACCGGACCACGGUCAAYGMUCUCAUCGCUGUCCUGCAGACYCUCCACGACUUCCCCAUCACCCUGGAGGCCUCGCUCGUCAAGGGCAUCGACCUUUAACCCCUACCGCACAGCCUGCUGGGAAACCAUCCAGUCCAGGACUACAUUACCCACAAACCCUUGCUCUGUUCCCUUUUGCCCUUUCACUGUCGCCGUCGUUGUCGAGGCCUGCUUCAGCUGAUUCACUCUGGGAAAAGUCUUAUAGGUAGGGAAGUAAAGAUUGAGGACUUUCUAAAGAGACCAGAGACAGUUCACUACCAAAGCAAUCGAUUCCACUGCUUCAGAAACAGAAGCUUUGGCUUUUAAUCAUUGAUGAGUGAUGAUGCAGUGUUAUUAUUACAUAGCUUGUGGUUUUGAAAAUAUCCUUUUUGAUAUUUAAUAAGAAGGGACUGUUUUUAAAGAAAACCCGUGGAUGUUUCCCUAUGUGCUAGAUGUGUGUAGCCCACUGUAGGUAGCUCUUCAAUGGACACUUUUAGCCUGUGUGAUGGAGAUCCUAUCUUUGCCUGUCUGCUGGAUCCUGCUCCAACUUCAGCUAGCGUUAGCAUUAGCAAGCAUGCCUGUGGGUCAUAGUAGGCCAGGAAUAAGGAAACCAAAACAGAAAGUGACUGUUUGCCCCCUGCUGCCUCUCCAUGGUCUCUGCACUGGGAAUAUCUGUGGGUGAAACUUCAUCAGCUGGAUGAAGAAGACUACCAUGGAAAGAAAAACUGGACUCGUCUGCUUUCAGCACUACACUGAGUUGUGUGCAAUGCAGCUUUUUGAUUGGAUGUUGGCUCAUUCUAGAUACACCUACUGUGUUGGACUGGAUCUUUGUUCUGCUUUGUGAUUGGCUAGCAGAUCUUGGUGGACACAAACACUGCGCUGAAUUGGAGAGGUCUUUCCUAGGGGGGCAGGGGCUUUUCUAGGGUUGCAUGGACAUUCCAAACAAAUUACAGGCAUUGACCUGACCCUAUUUCAAACUGUGUGUGUCUAUGUACAGAGUGUA